AGGAAAUGAUCAGGUAGAGAUUGUACUGUAGCCCCAACCUAAAUAACCGCUGAAUGUGAAUGAGCAGCAGUUUCUCCACCAGCUCUGACCAUAAUAAAAACAUUUUUCCCUCCAUGGCCAGUAGCCUUGGAGCUGUUUUCAUUCUCUGAAGGUUUUAGACACAUGGAGGAGGACUUAUCUGCGCUCUGUACAUAAAUUCAGGUCAGGCUUUGCUAGAUCAAGUUAAAUGUAAAACAGGAGGCAGGCAGGCAGGCAGCAGGUGAAGCGUGAAGCUCCCAUUUGGCCGCGCUCAAAUUUCACCAGGCGCAGAGAGGAGCUGCGCUUCUCCCUUUCAUUCAUGGCUCAGCGCUCCGCUCAUCCCGUCGUCCCCAUCGCGCUGCUGGUGUUUGGACUUGUUGUAAUCCUGCUCCUGACUAUCCCCACUGAGGACGUUCAGGAGGGACCGGGGUUCAUGUUUGGGAUUGUCUUGGAUGCUGGAUCUUCGCACACAGCUUUGUAUAUAUACAAGUGGCCGGCAGACAAGCAAAAUGGCACCGGUGUGGUCACCCAGCACAGUGAAUGUCAUGUUCAGGGCGGAGGAAUCUCCAGCUAUGCAGGCCAACAGGGAGCAGCAGGGCAGAGCUUGGAGGCAUGUCUGGAACAGGCAGUGAAGGACAUCCCCAAAGAAAGACACCAGCUCACACCUGUGUACCUGGGAGCCACAGCUGGCAUGAGGCUUCUGCAUCUCUCCAGCCCGGAGCAGUCGGUUCAGAUUCUGCAGGAAGUGGGCAACAAAAUCCAGUCCUACCCUUUCAGCUACCAGGGGGCGGCCAUACUGAGCGGUCAAGAGGAGGGGGCGUACGGCUGGGUCACCGUCAACUAUCUCUUAGAGAACUUCAUAAAGUAUGGUUUUGUGGGGCGCUGGUUAAGCCCUGGCAGACCCACAGUGGGGGCGCUUGAUUUCGGCGGGGCAUCCACCCAGAUAACAUUUGCGACUCAAGCGGAAGUAGAGGACGAACAUGACAUGAAAAAGCUGCAUCUUUAUGGCCAGGAGUACUCUCUGUACACACACAGCUUCCUGUGCUUCGGGCAGGACCAGGUCCUCAAGAGACUGCUGGCUCAUAUAGUGAAGUCUCAGGGUUACUCUGGGUCAGUCACUCACCCCUGCUAUCCUGCAGACCACAGUAGAACCUUAAAGUUGAACAGUAUAUUCAACUGUCCGUGCACAGCAAAGUACAAACCCAGCUCCUACAUCUCCCAGGCUUCUCUGACAGUACAAGGAAGCGGACAUUAUGAACACUGUCUUGCCAACGUGUCCGAGUUGUUCUCCUUCGACAGCUGCCCCUUCUCCCAGUGCUCCUUUGAUGAAGUAUUCCAGCCAAAUGUCACCGGUAGCUUCAUGGCGUUCUCUGCAUUCUUCUACAUUCACUCCUUCCUGCAGCGUAUCACCGGUAUCACUGUGAGCACUCCUUCACAGCUGGAGGAGGCAGCCAAAACUGUGUGCAGGAUGACUUUCAAUCAAAUGCUGCUUCUUGCUCCAGAGGAAAAGUCUCGUUUGCAGGAAUAUUGUGCGUCCACUGUGUUUAUUCAGAUUCUCAUGCUGAGAGGAUACAGCUUCGAUGAGAUGUCGUUCCCACGCAUUUCCUUCCAGAAGAAGGCAGGGGAUACUUCGGUGGGUUGGGCUCUUGGCUACAUGCUGAGUUUGAGCAAUUUGCUGCCGGCAGAGAGAGCGGGGAUGAAGAAGGCCCUGACCCCGGGAGCGUGGGGAACGCUUAUCUUUCUCUUUGUCUUCUUGCUGGUGGCAGUCCUGGUCUUCAUCUUCCUCCGAACUCGUGAUGGGAAGACAAAAGGAGGCAGUGAAAGCACCAUCUAGAUCUGUCUGCAACAACAUACAGGGCAGUGUGAAAACAGAGACAGUAAUACGUUUUUGUGUGUGUGUGUUGGCUCUGUACUCCACACUAUAGCACUGUAGCACACUGGAUCUGAAAUUACAUUAUAAGGUUAGAGAACGGAAUUUCUGCUUUAUUUAAGUGUGUUCACAUUAUUAUGGGUGAACAGUGCAGGAACGGUUUCUCUUUUUAUACAGAGUCACCAAGCAGGACAAUGAUCCUAAACAUGGAGACUGGACUGUAUAUUCACUGCAAAGUCAUUUGGAGUUAUGUUAACUUGUCCACUUACUCUCUGUCCCCUAAAAUUGUAGGACUGUGUAUAAAAACGACUACAACUUCAUCUGAUGAAAGUCGGGACUUUAACUUUAUAGUAUUUCUUUCAUUCAAAUCCACUGUGCUAAAGUACAGAGCCAACACAAUGAAAAACGUGUCACUGACCAAGUACUCUGACUUCCCUGUAGGUUUAAGAAUAUAGUACUCCUCUGGUAGCAUUGGCACUAUAGGGGAGGUCUGAAUGUAAUUGUUAUUCUUAUAAAGUCAAACCAAUUUUAGGUUGUAUGGAAUGUAAAAAAUUCCAGCUUUUUGUUUUUGUAGAAAGUGUGACUAUACUCUGAAGCACUUUAACAGUACAAUGAAGCAUGCUAUGGAAAUAACUACCAGCUUAAUAUGUAAGAAACCACUAUUUUUAAAUGUUUAGUAUUCAAAGAUGUUUUUCAGGGGGAAGUUUUUAUUUGCAUUUUAGAUUGGAUUCACUUUAAAUAAUCAAUAACAUACAGACAUGGUGAACAGUAGGUGUUUGCAUAUUAUAAACAUUUGUUGACAGAAACAAACUCCAGUCCCUGAGAACCUUAAA